UUUUUUUAAAUUAGUGAUUGAUGGGGCAGGGUCCAGCUCAUUGUGGGCAGAGCCAUCCCUGGGCUGGUGGUUCUGGUUCUAUAGGAAAGCUGGGCUGAGCAAGCCACAGUAAGUAAGCAGCACCCCUCCAUGGUCUGCGCACCAGCUACUACCCUCAGGUUCCUGUCCUGUGUGAGUUCCUGCCUUGGCUUCCUUGGCUAAGCUAAUGAACAGUGAUGUGGAAGUUUAACCUAAACCCUUCCCUCCCCAAGCUGCUUUGGUCAUGGUGUUUCACCACAGCAACAGUAACCCUAAGACCACGACGAGCAUUUGUCAUUAGAAUUUUUUCAUUAACACAAGAAUAAGAUUUUGAUGAUUAGCAUUCUUCAUUAAACAUGUUUAAUAUAAAAAAGCUGCUUUUUUUUUUUUUUUUUGGUUCUUUUUUUUCGGAGCUGGGGACCGAACCCAGGGCCUUGCGCUUCCUAGGCAAGCGCUCUACCACUGAGCUAAAUCCCCAGCCCCAAAAAGCUGCUUUUUUAAUCACUGAGGAUCAAGACCAGGAAAAUGUGCAGAUAAACUCUCUCGACCUUUGAACUAUAACCCUAGUGUACAGGUGUAUUUAUUAUUAUUGGUUUGUGUGUCCGUAUCUGUGUAAUGUGUCUAUAGUAUGUAUGUGUGUGUGAUAAGUGCUUUACAAUGAGUCACAAGCUCAGCCUUAUGCCUCGUGCUCUCCCCUUCCCCCUGACCCCCAAAAACGGUCACCUGAUUUUUACCCAACAGUGUCUCGUCUCAAGAUAGAAAGAACAAUCCAACAACAGUGUUUCUCAAACUUUAUUUUCUCAGGAUCACUUUAAAUGCCUUAAAACUAUUGGGCCCCUCCCCAAGAAUCUUUUGCAUAUAUGGUUUCUAUCGAUAUUUACUGAUUAUAAUUUAAGAUGGAGAAAAUUUUUAAUUAGCUUAAAAGUUUCUAUGCAGGGCUUCAUGUAACCCAACAAGUUCCGCUCUUUGUUGUUUUGGGUCAGGGCCUCAUUCUCAGCUAGACUGAUCCGGACCUAUAUAGUUCUGCUGCUUCCAACUUGGAACAACCCUCAUAUCUCAGCCUCUCCAACGCUAGCUAGCGUUGCAGUUGUAAACCAGCCAUGCCCGCUUUACAAGCAUUUAAACAGCAUAACAUUUUAUACAUUCCUUUUCUAUUUUUGAGAUGGGGUCUCACCAUGUAGUUCCCGAGUAGACUAGGCUGGCCUUGAAUUCAGAGAUCCACCUGCCUCUGCUUUUGGAGUGCUUAAAGGUAUGUGCCAUUAUACCAGGCACAAACAACAUUUAAAAUGAAAAUUAACUCUGUAAACAAAUAUUAUCCAAAAUGUUAGAAUGGUUAAUUUUCACAAAUUUCUUAAGUUGCAAUUUAAUAGAAAAUGGGUGUGUUGUAGUUCUGCCUCUAUCUAUAGUCAGUCAUGUGUCGUUUUGGCUGGAGUAUGCGAAGAAAAUUUGACCUUACAGAUCUCUUUAAAAAAACAAAAACCAAAAAACAACAAAAACAACUACCAUGGCAGACGAGAUGGUGGAGAACCAACCUCCUCAAAUUGUCCUUUGACCUCCAAACAUGAAUCGUGGCACACACACACACACACACACACACACACACACACACGUAUACACACACGUCACUAAAAUUUAAAAAAAAUUUUUUUUUAAAUUUAAAAAGGAGCCAGGUGGCUGACAUCUGUCACUUGGAAUGCCUAUGUGGGAGAAAUGUGUGGAAUUGGAGGCUAUUAUUCGGUUCGUAAAAACCAAACCAAACCAACCAAACAACAACAAAAAAAUAAACCCAAGAACAUAUGACACUAAAUUAGCUCUUUAUCACCUUUGUCCUCCAACCCUGGUCUUAGCCUUGGAGGCUUUCUCCUGGCUCAGAGCUAUGCCUUCGCACAAUGCAUAGUUGCACAAAUGCAAAAAUUGUAGUCUGUGGCAGCGUUUUCCCCUCGAUGUUUCCGUAUAUCUAUACCUUGUUCUUUUCAGGCGGAAUUCCGUAACGGGGUUGUAUUCAGUUUGUCUUCCCUUACGGAUAAAUGGAUUAGGUUUCUGGGUUUUGUCAUCUCACCACGCCUACCCCGGGGUUAAGGGAUAAAGACAGAGCAGUGAGGACUUCCCUCAGGGAUCAGCCCCGGGAAAGCAGGACUACCCAUCAGGGGCGGAAACCUCCGGCUUGGCAGGUUGGAAGCCUGCUUCCGGGAAGCCGACCGGAAGCCGCUCAGGGUGCUGCGACAAACCUGACUUCAGGGGCCGUCGUAAAAGUGUCGUCUCUGGCGCGUCGGGUCGGCCACAGGUUUCCGCUAGCUGGCAGCCUGGGAUCGGGAACUGCGGGCGUUCGUUUCCCUUAAGAUGGCGGACGAAGAGAUGGACGGCGCCGAGAGGAUGGACGUCAGCCCGGAGCCUCCCCUGGCCCCUCAGCCGCCCGCAUCCUGGUGGGAUCAGCAAGGUGAUUUUUAUACUGCUUUCUUACAUCAUUUGGCAAAAUUAGUGCCAGAAAUUUAUUUUGCUGAGAUGGACCCAGAUUUGGAAAAGCAAGAAGAGAAUGUACAAAUGUCAAUAUUCACUCCUUUGGAAUGGUACUUAUUUGGAGAGGAUCCAGACGUUUGCUUAGAGAGAUUAAAGCACAGUGCAGCAUUUCAGUUGUGCGGGAAGGUUUUCAAAAGUGGAGAAACAACAUAUUCCUGUAGGGAUUGUGCAAUUGAUCCAACGUGUGUGCUCUGUAUGGACUGCUUCCAGAGUAGUGUUCAUAAAAACCAUCGUUACAAGAUGCAUACUUCUACUGGAGGAGGCUUCUGUGACUGUGGAGACACAGAAGCGUGGAAAACUGGUCCCUUUUGUAUGGAUCACGAACCUGGAAGAGCAGGUACUACAAAAGAGACCUUGCAUUGCCCACUGAAUGAAGAGGUAAUUGCUCAAGCCAGGAGAAUAUUCCCUUCAGUGAUAAAGUACAUUGUAGAAAUGACUAUAUGGGAAGAGGAAAAGGAACUGCCUCCUGAACUGCAGAGAAGGGAGAAAAAUGAAAGAUAUUACUGUGUCCUUUUCAACGAUGAGCACCAUUCAUAUGAUCAUGUGAUAUACAGUCUGCAAAGAGCUCUUGACUGUGAGCUUGCAGAGGCACAGUUGCACACAACUGCCAUAGACAAAGAGAGUCACUCAGAGAACGUCUCUCAGCACCCCCUCCAUGUGGAAGUGCUGCAUUCCGUGGUUAUGGCCCACCAGAAAUUUGCUCUGCGCCUUGGAUCCUGGAUGAACAAAAUUAUGAGCUAUUCAAGUGACUUUAGGCAGAUCUUCUGCCAAGCCUGCCUCAUAGAGGAGCCUGGCUCUGAACAUCCCUGUCUUAUAAGCAGACUAAUGCUUUGGGAUGCAAAACUUUAUAAAGGUGCCCGUAAGAUCCUUCACGAAUUGAUCUUUAGUAGUUUUUUUAUGGAGAUGGAAUACAAAAAACUCUUUGCUAUGGAAUUUGUGAAGUAUUAUAAACAACUACAGAAAGAGUACAUCAGUGACGACCACGAGAGAAGCAUCUCUAUAACCGCACUGUCCGUUCAGGUGUUCACUGUCCCCACCUUGGCCCGACAUCUUAUUGAAGAGCAGAAUGUUAUUUCUGUCAUUACUGAAACUCUGCUGGAAGUUCUACCUGAGUACUUGGACAGGAACAAUAAGUUCAACUUCCAGGGCUAUAGCCAGGACAAGCUGGGAAGAGUGUACGCGGUGAUCUGUGACCUGAAGUACAUCCUGAUUAGCAAGCCUCUCGUAUGGACAGAAAGACUAAGAGCACAGUUCCUGGAAGGGUUCCGGUCUUUUCUGAAGAUUCUCACCUGUAUGCAGGGAAUGGAAGAAAUCAGAAGACAAGUUGGACAGCACAUUGAAGUAGACCCUGACUGGGAGGCUGCCAUCGCUAUACAGAUGCAACUAAAGAAUAUUUUGCUCAUGUUCCAAGAGUGGUGUGCUUGUGAUGAAGAUCUCUUACUAGUGGCUUAUAAAGAAUGUCACAAAGCUGUAAUGAGGUGCAGCACAAAUUUCAUGUCUAGUACCAAGACAGUAGUACAACUGUGUGGUCAUAGUUUGGAAACUAAAUCCUACAAAGUGUCUGAGGACCUUGUCAGCAUACAUCUACCACUCUCUAGAACUCUCGCUGGUCUUCAUGUACGUUUAAGCAGACUAGGUGCUGUUUCAAGACUGCAUGAAUUUGUGCCUUUUGAUGGCUUUCAAGUAGAGGUCCUAGUAGAGUACCCUUUGCGCUGCCUGGUGCUGGUUGCUCAGGUUGUUGCCGAGAUGUGGCGAAGAAACGGGCUCUCCCUCAUUAGCCAGGUUUUCUAUUAUCAAGAUGUUAAAUGCAGGGAAGAAAUGUAUGAUAAAGAUAUCAUCAUGCUUCAGAUUGGAGCGUCUAUAAUGGAUCCCAACAAGUUCUUGUUACUGGUACUUCAGAGGUAUGAACUUGCUGAUGCUUUUAACAAGACCAUAUCCACAAAAGACCAGGAUUUGAUUAAACAGUAUAACACAUUAAUAGAAGAAAUGCUUCAGGUCCUCAUCUAUAUUGUGGGAGAACGUUAUGUACCCGGAGUGGGAAACGUGACCAAAGAGGAGGUUAUAAUGAGAGAGAUCACUCACUUACUUUGCAUUGAGCCCAUGCCACACAGUGCCAUUGCCAGAAACCUACCGGAGAAUGAAAAUAACGAAACUGGCUUAGAGAAUGUCAUAAACAAAGUGGCCACAUUUAAGAAACCGGGUGUGUCGGGCCAUGGUGUUUAUGAAUUGAAAGACGAAUCACUGAAAGACUUCAAUAUGUACUUUUACCAUUAUUCUAAAACACAGCAUAGCAAGGCUGAACAUAUGCAGAAGAAGAGGAGAAAACAAGAAAAUAAAGAUGAAGCCUUGCCACCGCCACCUCCUCCUGAGUUCUGUCCCGCUUUCAGCAAAGUAACUGACCUUCUCAACUGUGAUAUUAUGAUGCACAUUCUCAGGACCAUCUUCGAGCGGGCAGUGGACCCCGAGUCUAAUCUGUGGACAGAAGGGAUGCUCCAAAUGGCCUUCCAUAUAUUGGCGCUGGGCUUGCUGGAGGAGAAGCAGCAGCUUCAGAAAGCUCCUGAAGAAGAAGUGGCUUUCGACUUUUACCAUAAGGCUUCAAGAUUGGGAAGUUCAGCAAUGAAUGCUCAGAAUAUACAAAUGCUUUUGGAAAAACUCAAAGGAAUCCCCCAAUUAGAAGGCCAGAAGGACAUGAUAACAUGGAUUCUCCAGAUGUUUGACACAGUGAAGCGAUUAAGAGAAAAAUCUUGUUUAGUUGUGGCAAGCACUUCAGGAUUGGAGUCCAUUAAAAGUGAGGAGAUUACUCAUGAUAAAGAAAAAGCAGAACGGAAGAGAAAAGCUGAAGCUGCUAGGCUACAUCGCCAGAAGAUCAUGGCCCAGAUGUCUGCCUUACAGAAAAACUUCAUUGAAACUCACAAACUCAUGUAUGACAAUACAUCAGAAAUAACAGGGAAGGAAGACUCCAUUAUGGAAGAAGAAAGCCCCUCAGCAGUCAGUGAGUGCUCUCGAAUUGCUCUGGGCCCUAAACGGGGCCCAGCUCUUACAGAAAAGGAGGUGCUGACGUGCAUCCUCUGCCAAGAAGAACAAGAGGUGAAACUAGAAAACAACGCCAUGGUGUUGUCCGCCUGUGUGCAGAAAUCCACCGCCCUAACCCAGCACAGGGGGAAGCCUGCGGGCCUCUUAGGGGAAUCACUGGACCCUCUUUUCAUGGAUCCAGACCUGGCACAUGGCACUUACGCAGGAAGCUGUGGUCAUGUAAUGCAUGCAGUGUGCUGGCAGAAGUAUUUUGAAGCAGUGCAGCUGAGCUCUCAGCAGCGCAUUCACGUCGACCUGUUUGACUUGGAGAGUGGAGAGUACCUGUGCCCUCUCUGCAAGUCUCUCUGCAAUACCGUCAUCCCCAUCAUUCCUUUGCAGCCACAGAAGAUCAACAGUGAGAAUGCAGAGGCUCUUUCUCAACUUUUGACCUUGGCACGGUGGAUACAGACUGUCCUUGCAAGAAUAUCAGGUUAUAAUAUGAAACACGCUAAAGGAGAAGCUCCAGCAGUUCCUGUCCUGUUUAAUCAAGGAAUGGGGGAUUCUACUUUUGAGUUUCAUUCCAUCCUGAGUUUUGGAGUUCAGUCUUCGGUGAAAUACUCAAAUAGUAUCAAGGAAAUGGUCAUUCUCUUUGCCACAACAAUUUACAGAAUCGGCCUGAAAGUGCCUCCUGAUGAAUUAGACCCACGAGUACCCAUGAUGACCUGGAGCACGUGUGCUUUCACCAUCCAGGCAAUUGAAAACCUUUUGGGAGAUGAAGGAAAACCUCUAUUUGGAGCACUUCAAAAUAGACAGCAUAAUGGUCUGAAAGCGUUAAUGCAAUUUGCAGUUGCACAGAGGACUACCUGUCCUCAGGUCCUGAUACAGAAACAUCUGGUUCGACUCCUAUCAGUUGUUCUUCCUAACCUACAAUCAGAAAAUACACCAUGCCUUCUAUCCGUUGAUCUAUUUCAUGUUCUGGUGGGCGCUGUCUUAGCGUUCCCGUCCUUGUACUGGGAUGACACGGUGGAUCUGCAGCCUUCACCGCUCAGCUCUUCAUACAGCCACCUUUAUCUCUUCCAUCUGGUCACCAUGGCCCAUAUGCUUCAGAUACUCCUCACGGUAGAUGCAGAUCAGUCUCCAGGACUCCCACUUAAUGAGGGUGGAGAGGACAGUGAAGAGGCUCGCUGUGCGUCUGCUCUCUUCGUGGAAGUCUCACAGCACACAGACGGCCUCAUUGGGUGUGGUGCUCCUGGCUGGUACCUGUGGCUCUCCCUGAGGAAUGGCAUCACCCCUUACCUCCGCUGUGCUGCACUGCUUUUCCACUAUUUACUCGGAGUAACUCCGCCUGAAGAACUGUUUGCCAACUCUGCUGAAGGAGAAUUCAGUGCACUCUGUAGCUAUCUCUCUUUACCCACAAAUUUGUUCCUGCUUUUCCAGGAAUAUUGGGAUACCAUAAGGCCCUUACUUCAGAGGUGGUGUGGAGAUCCUGCCUUACUCAACUCUUUGAAGCAGAAAAGUGCUCUGGUCAGGUACCCUAGAAAAAGAAAUAGUUUGAUAGAGCUUCCUGAUGACUACAGCUGUCUUCUAAAUCAAGCUUCUCACUUUAGGUGUCCACGGUCUUCAGAUGAUGAGCGAAAGCACCCUGUCCUCUGUCUUUUCUGUGGGGCCAUCCUGUGUUCUCAGAACAUCUGUUGCCAAGAAAUCGUGAAUGGGGAGGAGGUUGGAGCGUGCGUUUUUCAUGCACUUCAGUGUGGUGCUGGAGUCUGCAUUUUCCUAAAAAUCAGAGAAUGCAGAGUGGUCCUGGUAGAAGGAAAAGCCAGAGGCUGUGCCUACCCAGCCCCUUACUUGGAUGAAUAUGGAGAAACAGACCCAGGGCUAAAGAGGGGAAACCCACUUCAUUUAUCUCGGGAGCGGUAUCGGAAGCUGCAUUUGGUCUGGCAACAGCACUGCAUUAUAGAAGAGAUUGCUCGGAGCCAGGAGACUAAUCAGAUGCUGUUUGGAUUCAACUGGCAGUUACUCUGAGCUCCAGCUCUGCCUCAGGACAAUCAUGAGUGACAUCAACAAUAAAGACUGAUCUAAAAUUCUAGACAACUUUCUAAGGAUGGGGAAGUAUUGGAGGGUCUUUUGACCCAUGUCCAGAUUCACAUACAUUAAUAAAAUAUUCCUUAAUGGAAUAUUGCUUUCAAUUAUCAAACAUAAGCUUCAAGGAAAAAACAAGACAUAAUGGUUUAUGUUCUAGAACACUAAAGAAAUGCUUGUUCACCCAAGUGUCUAUUUCUGCUAAUAUUUCCAGAAAACUCGUUUCCUUUCAUAACUGUCCUAUCUCAUUUCAAAUCAUCCACCUGGUUGAUGAGGUCACUACAAGCAUUUGUGGACAUUUCUUUGUCUGGUUAACGUCUCUGCACUUGUGUAUUUGGUGUUUUCCGAGUGUGAUUUAGCAUUAGAUCUGGCACGAUGCUGAUCACCUGUGAUGUCUAAAGAGGAAUUGCACAGCUAUGCAGUAUCUCUCAACUGAAAAGACUUCAAAACAUGUAAACAGCCUUCUUCUUUAAGGAAAUAUCCUUGUUGUACCACCUAUGGCUUCAGCCAGAAACUGAUCUAAAUCUCUACAUAGACAGUGUUAGUUGUGCUAGUCUGGAAAGCAUCCUUCCCAUGUAGACCUCAAGAAGAAUUAGGAGAAUGUACUCAUUAUGCAUUCCUUAUACAAAAAGCCUGUCUGUUAUCCUCACCUGAUUCCUGGUAGCUCCGUGGAGUCACAAGUUAACCAUCCGUUCCAUUUUUUAAGGCAGGUUUCUGCAGUCCGAUCUCUUUCUCUUGUGGCCCCAUCCUAUUGACUCUCAGAAAACUUACUGUUCUGAAACAAACUCUUUGUAGAAUGAGAAUCAGAAAAUUGCCCCAGUGAAUGGUCAUACAAGAUGAAAUUAGAACACUCGUAUUUAAGCCUGCAUCCUUCUAUGGCUUGUAAGAAAGAGAUCCUUGAUAUGUCUAUGUGAAACCUUUCAUAAACUACAGUUUGUGAUUUAAUAUGAACAGUCAAAAAAAAAGGGCAAUGUAAUCAGGUCUGUGUCCUGUUAUAACCUGCUAUGGUUGAGCCAUCUUGCUUAUAAAUAAUACAGCUCUCUUGAGUCUGUGCAUAGACUUCUUGAUUCCUGGCUUUAACGUUUUAUACCAAGAACUUGUGAGUAGAUCAGUUGAUACUUAUUUUAGCUUCUGUGGUAUUGGGUAAUAUUGCUUUUGAAAGAUGUGUUUGGAGAUUGUAUCUUCUUUCGCCCUUGGCUACUGCUGCCAUGUGUAUGUCUAAGUGUUUUCCUGCCUUCUGUUUAGUGAAGGCAAGGAAGUAAAAAUGCAUUUGCUAAGUGAUCAGUGGUGCACAUUUGGAGCUAAAUUUGUUGCCAUUUUUAUGGAAUGAGAAGUGGAUUUUGCAGUAAGGGAUCGGUGUGAGCGGGCAGCAGACUCACAAUCAUGAUUUCCUACUUGGAUAAAUACUAUUCAGAAGAAAGCAGAACUAGAUGAACCAUAAUGAACAGUUCACAGCAAUUAUAAUAACAAUCAGUAAAUUCAGUAUUUGGCUUGUGCCAUUUGCCAAUAUGAUUAAGUGAUUUGAACAUUGCCCUUUGUUUUUUCUAUAAUUUUUUGAGAGAUUGUUUAGCUCUGAAAUCUGGGCUAGAAUAGGCAACAGAAGAUGCUCAUUUCUGCCUUAGUCAUCUGGCCCCAUUUGCCAAGGAUAAAGACUUCUUAUUUUUAGCCUUCUUAGAUUUAAUUUGUAAACCCUGGAGCUAAGCUUUCCAGCUGCCAGGAGGACUAGCUAGCACCAGCCAAAGAACCUAAUCCAUUGCUGAGUUCUGCUUCUUGAGAUGGAAGUCUCUGCACUGGAGGGUGGACGUAGGCCACAGUGCUGCCCCAGCCCAAGGGACUUUUAACAGUAUUCAUCAUGACAAACGAUUUAAGUCUGCUAAGAAGUUUACCUAAGCAACCAAGUCACUUUAUUUAGUGUAGAAUGUGAAAGAAUUGGUUUAGUAGGAUGGCUCCGAGGGCCUAGCAAGGAUUUUAAUGAUAUUAAAGAUAAACAUAUAUCUGUAUAAUUAAUUUAUUAUGUUAGUGUAUGGGCUGUGAGUUCACCUUUUAGUGGUCAUUUGUCAUUUCAUAACAACUAUGCAUUUUGGUUCACUGUGAUGAUGAUGAUCUAUAUUUAGUGACUGCAACAUGUUUAUACCACUGAUUCAAAUUCCAUUCAUGAUGAAGUUAUACAAAUGAUGCAUAUAUUGAUAUCUUUUAUUGCAAAAAUGUAAAUUAAAAACUUGUAUAA